AAACUUCACAGUAUUGCACUUGUGCUCUGCCCAUAUUAUGAAGGCUGUUACACAAGCUUUUGGGAAAAAGACCCGUGAUCGAGGCUUAAAAGAGUAUGCAAGCUAUUGUUUUGCAUCCCUUUUAAACUGCAAUAACCUCCAACUUGCCAUGGAGGUGUUUUACAACAUGUGUGUACUAUUUGAUGCAAAGCAUUGCAACCCCUUAGUACAAACAAGUCAAGCAUACCUCAACAGCUGUAUCUCCAACAACAAGUCAGAGAAAGAUGAAGAUGGCCAGCAUACAGCAGAAGCACAACACAGCAAAAGUGACAAAAGCAACAGCAUUAUUGCUAACUCACCAUUUACAAAGACUUUCCAAGUUUUACGGGACCAAGCUCAGGUUGACAUUCUGUCCGAGGAAUCAGAGAUCACAGAAAAUCAUUACUGCUGUCCUGGUAUAGUUGAUGUGCUUGUGAAGAACUACAUGGGAAUCAUCCCACUGUGGAGCGGAAUGUUACUUGGCGACUUAACACGGUACAAAACACCCACAUCUGCUGCAACAAAUAAAACAAGCAAAUCAAGAGAAACAAACUGCCAUGUGGAGCUGUGGUUUGGCUUGGUAAAAAAGAACAUCUUGGCCAAAAAAAAGUACCUCAGACCAGCAGACUUCAUCACAAAAUUGUAUACAUCUUUACAAGGUCGGUAUGUUGAACAUGUUAUGCAGCAUGGUCUGCCAGACAAACUUCUGGACAAAACUGUCAGAGUUUUGACUAAACCGGCGGAUGAUCCCAAAGAAAAAUGGAACAAGAGGGAAAGUUCUGCUGGUCAGACAAAGACCAAAUCCAAGUAUUUCAAUCCCCCAAAGACAUUACCCAAUCCCAGAACUUCCAAAGGCACAAACAAACAAAUCACCAAAGCUGAUGAUGAUGAUAAUAAUAAAGAAUCACAGUUAACCUUGCUUUGGAAAAAGAGUGACACAGAAGUUGUAGUAGCAGUUGUUCCGUCACAGAUUAAAGGUCGGAGCAUUGUGAUUCAUCAUUCUGACUUGUGCACUCUUCGACCAUAUCAGUGGUUGACAGGGGAGGUAUGUGUUUGUUUCAGUCAUUUAUAAAACAUCUUCAUUUUCAAUAUUAAUACAAACCAAUUUUGAGAUUUGUAUGAGAAGACUUUUGGAUGCAUGUUUAAUAUGUGGAAA